GCUAAAGGGUUAACGCUGUCGUCUCCUCAACAUUUCCUCCCGGUCCUCGGAGGACGUGGACUCAACCACUUCUCAGAGGAACAGCAGAUCCGAUCUGACCUUGAAGAACCGACCAGGAGAAGAAAGAGAAGGACGUCCGGCGUGGAGCGAGAGAAUGACAGCGAGAGUGUCGGGGAGACGGUAGAUAGCGGUAAAGUGGUGACAGACGGGUGCGGCGAUGGCGGCGUGGCUCGGCCGGCUGUCGCUCGGCGACGCCUGGUUCAACACGUGUUCCCGCCUGCUGCGGACCAAACCCGUGGGCUCCAUGGCGCACGGCACCGACGACCUCGCCGAGCUCGACGAGGGGUCGGCGGUCGGGCUCGCCAGGGUCCUGACCACCGCGGACCUGGUGUCGCUCGGCGUGGGCAGCUGCGUCGGCACCGGGAUGUACGUGGUCGCCGGGCUGGUGGCGAAGGCCACGGCCGGGCCCGGGGUCAUCCUGUCGUUCAUCAUCGCGGCGAUGGCCUCCAUACUGUCGGGUGUGUGCUACGCAGAGUUCGGUGUCCGGGUCCCGAAGACGACCGGCUCGGCCUACACCUACAGCUACGUGACGGUGGGGGAGUUUGUGGCGUUCUUCAUCGGCUGGAACCUGAUCCUGGAGUAUCUGAUCGGCACGGCGGCGGGGGCGUCGGCUCUCAGCAGCAUGUUUGACUCUCUGGCCAAUCACAGCAUCAGCAACUACAUGAUAACACACCUGGGCACGCUCAGAGGACUCGGUAAAGGUGAGGACACGUACCCCGACCUGCUGGCGCUGCUCAUCGCCCUGCUGGUCACGGUGAUCGUCGCCCUCGGCGUUCGCAACACCGUGGCCAUCAACCACGUCCUGAACGUGCUCAACCUGGUGGUCUGGGUCUUCGUGAUCGUGGCCGGCCUCUUCUUCCUCUCCGCCGGCAACUGGGAGAGCGGCGGCUUCCUGCCGUUCGGCUGGUCGGGGGUGAUGCGCGGCGCGGCCACCUGCUUCUACGCCUUCAUCGGCUUCGACAUCAUCGCGACGACGGGGGAGGAGGCGAAAAACCCAAACACCUCCAUCCCCUACGCCAUCACCGCCUCGCUGGUCACCUGCCUCGUGGCCUACGUGUCGGUGAGCGUGAUCCUGACCCUCAUGGUCCCCUACGACCUGAUCGACGGCUCGGCGCCCCUCAUGGAGAUGUUCGCGGCGCACGGCUUCCUGUGGGGUAAAUACAUCGUGGCCGUGGGGUCCAUCGCCGGCCUCACGGCGUCCCUGCUGGGCUCUUUGUUCCCCAUGCCCAGGGUCAUCUACGCCAUGUCCCGCGACGGCCUGCUGUUCAGGUCCCUGUCUCGCGUGUCGGCGCUCACGCACACCCCCGCGUUGGCGUGCGCCGUGUCGGGCAGCUUGGCGGCGGUCCUCGCCCUGCUGGUCAGCCUCAGGGACCUGAUCGAGAUGAUGUCCAUCGGCACGCUGCUGGCCUACACGCUGGUGAGCGUGUGCGUGCUCCUGCUGCGCUACCAGCCCGACGAACGGGGCGAAGGCCUCGGCUCGGACUCCGGGGACGGCGCCGCCGACCCGACCGCGGACGACCGGGUGCCGGCGGCCGGAGGCUCGGCGUCUUACCACGCCGGCGGGACGGAAGGAGAAGGGGACGAUGCCGAUUUCCACUCGGGCCGCGCCUCGCCGCUGAAGAGGCUUCUGGGAGGUCACUACCACGCCUGGCGGCUGCGUCUGGCGCUGCCCGCCGCGUCGGCCCGGCCCACGCCCGACACCGGCCGCACGGUGACCCGCUGCACCCUCCUCUUCUUCUUCACGUCCUUCUUCCUCUGGUCCACCGUGAUAUUCGGCGUCGAGCAGGGAACCGGCGCCGGGGCGGUGUUCUCCGGCCUCGCCGCCGCGCUCAUGGCGGGCUCCUUGGCGAAGCUUUUGAUCACGAUCGUCCGGCAGCCGCAGAGCGGGAGGAAGCUGCCGUACAUGGCGCCCUGCGUGCCCUUCGUGCCCGCGGCGGCCAUCUUGGUGAACAGCUACCUCAUGCUGAAGCUGUCGCCGCUCACCUGGGCCAGGUUCACCGUCUGGUGCUCCAUCGGCCUGUUGAACUACGCUUGUUACGGCGUGUGGCACAGCACGCUGGAGGUGGACGCCCGCGAGCAGCAGGCGCACGCCAGCUCCUACCAGCGCUACGACGACCACCUGGACGGCGGCGGCGACGACCUCGGCGACCUCGGGCCCGAGGAGCGAGACGAGAGGCCCUACCAGGGCUGGUCCGCCCCGGAGGAGAGGGGCUCCCACCACGACCAGCAGCCGGAGGGGAGCGAGCACGCCGGUGACCGGUCUGGAUACCAGUCCGGACCGGCGGGGAGGACCAAUCACGGCUUUGAUGAGGGCCAAGAGGGAAACUGAGCAAAGAUUAUGACAUAUGACGCUAGAGAACCGCCAACAUCCUGGUUCCACAGGCUGUUUAGAAGACGUAGAUAUCGUCACGUCAACAUCGGUUUGAGGACUAAUGUUUUGCCGUCGCCAUCUUGUUUUUCUCUGCAACCAGUAAACAGGAAGUGACCACAUCUGGACUGAGGAGGAGGGACCCCGUCAACCUGUCAAUCACCCUGUAGCCCCGCCCCUAAAGCAUCCCCUGCUUUAUGGUCUGUGUGACUAAGUUACCAUAAAGUAUAAACAAUGACAUCAUGCUGUAUAGAAGAAGACUUGAGACUAGAGGCUGAGACAAAAACUCAUGUUUACAAUGUUUACUGAGGGAAAACAUCAAGAGAAGUAGAGACAUUAUAUCGACUUCUAUACAACCAGAGUCGCCCCCUGGUGGUCAGGAGAGAGAAUGCAGCCUUAACACAUGAAGCAUAGAUUUCUAUACAACCAGAGGAGUCGCCCCCUGGUGGUCAGAAGAGAGAAUGCAACUUUAACACAUGAAGCAUAGACUUCUAUACAACCAGAGGAGUCGCCCCCUGGUGGUCAGGAGAGAGAAUGCAGCUUCAACACAUGAAGCAUAGGCUUCUAUACAACCAGAGCAGUCGCCCCAGUAGAGUCAUUUUCUCGUGUACGUCGUCUCUGCGUCACUCCUCCUCAGUCAAAUAUGGUAACUUCAGCUCACUGGUUGCAAAAAACAAGAUGGCGACGACCAAAAUGGCCGAACUUGAAGCUUCAAAACCAGGUUUCUCGUUUCUCGUCCGUGUGCUCGGGUCCGAAAGCUGGAGACGUACCUUUAAUAUACCUUUCAUCCCUCGAAGCUCUGUUUCUCACUUAUUGUGCUAUCCAUACCAGAAGGCGUGUUUCCUCUCAUUGGUUGAUACAAACUUCAGGGGGGAGGGGGCGGAGCCAGAGACCCUGUUGGAAGGCGAAGACGUUUGAUCUCAGCCAAUCAGACGGCUUCUGUCCACCAGGAUAUAAAUGUUGGUUUUGUUCAAACUCCAGAACGAACCUCUUGAAAACAAAUGGCGGCUUUCGCGGGACAAAAAGCCCUGAAAGUUACUUUUGUGUUUGUUUUUCCUCGUUUGGGUGAAUGUUGUUUCCCGAGUGUUUGCUCUGUUUGGCGUGUUAACGUGUGGAAAUGAGAACGGCCACUUCCGGAAAAUAAAAGUCUCAUUUUGAGUGAAA